CGAAAUUGAUUUAGCAAACGAAUCUUUGUGUACCUUUUUAAGAAAGGCGCCUUUAAAACAACUCACCUUCUCUAGAAUUCUUCACGAACAAUGGAGUUAUUUCAAAAUUCAAACAGAAGAUUUAGACUGUGAAAAUCUCAUGAUGUUAUUGCAGAAAGUGGAGCAAAAAGAUAUUGGCCGUGAACGUAAAAAACAUAUUAAGUUUCUACAAGAUAGCGAAAAGGUAUGA